GCGCCGUCGCGCACCACUCCCGCUCCCACCUUGUUGGCGGAGCCCUCCAGGCCCAGCACGGUCGGCAUGACGUCACGCCCGCUGUGUGCCGCCGCCGCUGUGACGUCACGCCGCCGCUCCGCCGGUUCUCCGCCUCACGGUGCUUCUCCCGCCGCUCCGCUACGUCACUUCCGUUUCCCGCCUCAAUUCUCUCCCAGCCUCAGGAGCGUUUCCGGUUCCGGCCACGCCCCCCAUUGACCAUCGCUUCCCGCGCGCGCGGAGUCGCCGCUCCCGCCGCCGCCGCUGAUUGGUCCCGCGCGCUGAGGCACGGCGCGCUCUGAUUGGUCCCGCGCGCUCAGGCGCGGCGCGCUCUGAUUGGUCCCCCGCGCUGAGGCACGGCGGGCGCUGAUUGGUCCCGUGCGCUGAGGUACGGCGGUCGCUGAUUGGUCGCUCCUAAGGGCUGAGGGGCGGAGCUUAAAGGCCGAGGGGGCGUGUCCGUCGGCGGAAGGGGCGGGGUCAGCGCCAUGCCGAAGCGCGGGAAGAAGAAGGAGGAGAACGGGAGCGGGGACGAGGCCGGCCCCGCCCCCGCCAAGGCCCCCAAGGCGUCCCCGGCCCCGCUUUACGAGGACCCGCCCACCCGCGAGACCACGCCCGAUGGGCGGCGCUGGACGCUCAAGGUGACGACAUGGAACGUGGAUGGGCUGAGGGCGUGGCUGAAAAAGGGCGGUGCCAAGUGGGUGCAGGAGGAGGCUCCGGACGUGCUGUGCCUGCAGGAGACCAAGUGCGCGGCCUCGGCGGUGCCGGCGGAGCUGCGGGAGCUGCCGGGGCUGCCCCACCAGUUCUGGAGCAGCGCCAAGGACCGGCCGGGCUACAGCGGCGUGGGGCUGCUGGCCAGGACAGAGCCCCUGGAGGUCACCUACGGCAUCGGUGACCCCGAGCACGAUGUGGACGGCCGCGUGCUGACGGCCGAGUUCCCCUCCCUCUUCGUGGUCUGCGCCUACGUGCCCAACGCCGGGCGGGGCCUGGUGCGCCUGGAGCCGCGGCUGCGCUUCGACGCCGCCUUCCUGCAGUUCCUGCGCCGCCUGGACGCCCGCAAGCCCGUGCUGCUCUGCGGCGACCUCAACGUGGCGCACGCCGAGAUCGACCUGUGCCACCCGCGCGCCAACCGCGCCAGCGCCGGCUUCACGCCGCAGGAGCGCGAGGGCUUCUCGCGGCUGCUCGGCGCCGGCUUCGCCGACUCCUUCCGGCACCUGUACCCCGAGGCCAGGGGCGCCUUCACCUUCUGGACGUACCUGGGCGGGGCGCGGGCGCGGAACGUGGGCUGGCGGCUGGACUACGCCGUGGUGUCGCGGCGCCUGCUGGGGGCGCUGUGCGACUGCAAGAUCCGCAGCGCCGCGCAGGGCAGCGACCACUGCCCCGUCACCGCCCUGCUGGCGCUAUGA